AUGGUGUCCUGGCUCCCGUCCGUACCGUACCCUCCAGCCCGGGAUGGCUUUUGGUCGCCAGUGACGUCGACCUUGAAUUGGUGUGAGGAGGAUUAUUAUGCGACCAUAUACGCGGCCGAGAUCGUCAAUACAUUCACGAACUUCCUGUUCAUAGUCUUGGGUAUCCAUGGCGUUGUCAACUGCCUCCAGAACAAGCAUGACAAGGUAUUCCUCGUUACCUUUGGCGGCUAUCUCGUCGUAGGAAUCGGAAGUUUCUUCUUCCACUCGACCCUCACAUAUCCAAUGCAGCUCGUCGACGAGCUUUCCAUGAUCUACACCACCUGCAUCGUGUGCUUCGCAACCUUCGCUUUUGGCAGGUCCACGCGGAAUUCGAUUCUCUUGGGGACCUUCCUCCUUGGCCUCGCGCUCUUUAUCACGGGAUACUACCAUUACCUGCAAGACCCGACCUUCCACCAGAACGCCUAUGCAUUCCUCACAGCCGUCGUCGUCUUUCGGAGCAUGUACGUGAUGGAACAUGAGCUUCGCCCCACACGCAGGAACCGGAACAAAUUGCUAGGGAAGCCCGAGCACGCGCGGAUCGACAAGCGGGAUUUAGAGAUCUUGAACACGAUGUGGAGCAUCGUCGCGGUUGGGCUGAGCGUGUUCCUGGGAGGGUUUCUCAUUUGGAACUUGGACAACUGGUAUUGCCCCAGCCUGCGCUCGUGGAGACGGGAGAUCGGGUUGCCGUGGGGGAUCGUCUUGGAGGGACACGGAUGGUGGCAUCUCAUGACGGGAACGGGAGCGUACUUCUACAUUGUCUGGUGCACCUGGCUGCGACAUUGCUUGAGCGGGAGGCAGGACGAGUACGAUUUGGUGUGGCCAAGCCUCUUCACGUCGAUCCCUACUUGUGUUCUGAAACGGCCGGCUGGGAAAGAGAAUGGGUUCGCGAAUGGAUAUUGCAAAAAGUCUCAAUAG